ACUUUAUUAAAUUGAACAGGUUGCCAGCUACUGCCACGAUCAUGACAUUCCCAUCUUCAAAGAGUUGAUGCAUACUCAACACCGCUAUGAUAUACAUGCCAGAUUAUUACUAAAUUAAUACUACUACGAUUCUCACCAUGUCUAAUCUUACGCCAGUUUUCAAUGGCUUUCUGAAGCAACAUGAAGCUUCCACUAUGAAACGGAGCUUCAGCGUAGACAGCUUAGAUGAUUUUCUAAAGGAAGCUUAUAGAAUAAACUCGCAUAUCUCUACACUUCAUACCGAUCUUCGAAAUAUUCGACAAUCCUACCUCUCGACCGCCCAACCACGAAAAACAUUAAUUCGAUCGGCGCAAAAAGAUAAGUAUUCGCGACCACUCUCGGAUCGAGAGCGUGAGGAAAUAGACGCAAAUGCGAAGAAAAUGCUACGAGAGCUCAAUGCGAGCAUCCGUCGCCUAGCAGAUAUCGAACAGGCCCGGUCAGAAAUUGAAUCUAGGGUAAUUCAGAAGAAGUUCGCUCGUGGGCUGGGCGCGCUGGGAGCGUGGGCAGCAGGCGGUUCACCGACCAACAAAUCCCCCGAACAUGCUACAGCGGAAGACCGUGCGAACACUAUUAAUACACAUCGGGAUAGCGUCUUAUGGCUCCUACGUCACCGGCUUCAAGAAUGCGUUAAGACACAACAAGAUAUGAUGGAAAUUCGAUUGAUGCGAGAAAUGGAGAAAAAUAGAAGUGUAUUAGCUAAAGCACGAAGACAAGAUGCACCUUUAGCCACCCUAGGAAAUAUCCAAGAGACAGGAAGCCCUAUAGAAGCAAAGAGAAGAGCAAGCCAAGCGUUGCCGCCUAACGAGUCACCCUCCUAUACCCCAGCUGCAGAUUUAACUGCAGAGCAAAUACGGAUGUUUGAGAAGGACAAUCAGGAUAUGUUAAAACACUACGAGAGCACAUUAGAUCAAGUCAGGACUGCAGAAAAGUCACUUCUGGAAAUAUCAGAACUUCAAACACAACUUAUUGAUACACUCACGACGCAAUCGGCGGGUAUCGAGCAACUCGUAGCUGAUUCAGAAAAUACAACUGAGAAUAUCGGCGGUGGUAACAGACAGCUCAAACAAGCAACACAGAAAGCAAGUCCAGCGAAGUACACAUUCUUUGCGACUUGCGGUUUAUGCGCAUUUUUGAUCGCGUGGGAUCUUAUAAUAUGAAACGAGAGUUACUAUUUUAUAAGUGUAUGUAUUGUAAUAGUGAUGCGUGGUGGGAAGCGUGUAUUGUUAUUUACAUGUGAAGAAACGAAGGCCGCAAAGCCAAAGCUCAUCACAUGUUACAGAGGGCACCCCAUGGACAUUCUUGGCAAGAUCUAAAAAUGAAAUAGUGUAAUUUGUACAAUUGAUAGCAGAUCUCACGCGACAUCCACGGAAGAAUAAGAUGCUAAGGGUGGAAGUCGAAAAGUUCUAAAAUAGAUUUUAUACCGAGCUUCCCAAGGUUAGAGGAAUGACUCGGGUCACUAAACCCGACCCGUGUUAGCCGUAAUAGUUCGGUGCUGGGUCAUCCGACCUUGACCGAUGACAACAACGUUAAACUCCCGUUAAGUUGGGCAAUUUACAACGCGGAACCUCGGCCUCAGGAAACAAGCUGGAAUUUAACUUUCCUAACCGACUUCAUUCAUAAGGUAAUUGCGAUCCUACCUAGGUUGAAAGUUUAGGGCUACGGAUAUAUAUCCGUGAGAAAGUGCGGGCGGGUAGAUCCACUAUAAGAUCAUUGAUGGUUUGGAAUGUUGCUUUUAAAGACUGGUCACCUCUCCGAUAUUCAUCAGAACUAAAUUAACUACGAAUUACUCUAGUCUUUGUCUCAUUCCAUUUUCUUUUUAUUAGAAAUAUACUUUCAUAUUAACUGAAAUUGUUG